AUGCUUGUUCGGCUGCUGUGUCUUCUCGCCGUCUUUGCUGCCGUCGUCGCCGAUAUCGAUUUUGUCAGCUUCUUUGAAUUUUUUUAAAAUUUAAAAAUUUUUUUGAAAUUUUUCUUUUUAAAUGAAUGGUUUGCUAUUAAAAAGAUCAUAAAUAGUUUUGUUAGAAAAAUUAUAAUAUAUCUUAGAUGAUAUUUCCUUUCCAAUAAGGUUUCAGAGCUGCGAACUUUUGGAAAAAAAAAACGGUCUUUUUCGAAAUUUUCAUUUUCGGUACAGAAAAGCUGUAUAGUACAAUUUACCUCAACAUUUUCGUUUUUUUUUUCAAUGAUUCCGAUAGACUACAGCCAGUUUUCAGGCCUUGGUAUGUGACAAAGGUUACCGUGUAUCGGCCAUUCGCCGCACGAAAACCUACUACAGCACUCUGGGAACGCUUACUGUAGAGUGCGAACAAAUUGCGCUUCCCGAGUCGACAACCUGCGCUCCACAGGCAAACGUCCCCAAGUGCACGGGGCUACUUGAAGGUUUUUUUUUUUUUUUAGCUUUUUAAAAAGUUCUUAGAAUCAUUUUUUAAUGAGAAAAAUAGCGGGAUACAUUAAAUUUUUUACAGGUUGUUCUGGCGACAGUUGGCUUGGCGGUUUUCACGCAUUUCAACUGGAAAAUGCGACGCAGGCGACAGUGUUAGUGUAGAUUCAGUUGAAAAUUUUUAUGAAAUUUUUAAUGUUCGCUCAGAAGUCUGUAGCCAGGAAAGUUGAAUUUGGAAACAAUUUGGGUCAAGUUGAAGAAAAUUAGGAAAAAAUUGUUUUGAAUACUAAUCGAGUUGAUUUCAACAGACUCGACCCGAUCUGCUGCACUUCUCCUUCGGUUUCAGUAGACUCGUCUUCUUGCAUCAACGACCAACUGAACACGGGAACCCAGGAUUUUUGCUCACUCCAUUGUCGCAGAUUUGGUAAUAAUCUCAUCAACAUGAAAAAUAUCAAGAUAAUGAACAAAAAAACGAAAAAGUAUUAAUUUUUUUGUGCUGAGAAAUUUCCUGUUAUCGAGAUUCAAAAUUUUUCGAUAAUUUUUUUAUAACUAAAAAAGAUGCAACCAAGUUGAACUGAAAAGUAUGGAAGUACAUGUAUUGAUGAACACUCCGGCUUUCACUUCUAUUUCAGCUCUCAAAAAAAGUUGUUUAUUUGAGGUUUACCGAGGCUGGCAGUGCUGGCAUCAGUACGACGGCAACAGAACUCUCGUCGAUUUGCUGUGGAAAAACGGAGAUCUGUCCAUUCGUUUCGAGGGAAUUUCCCGUGAUCACCAGAUCGAGUUCGUCUUUUUCUCUUGCUUUCAAUCACAUUAUUCAUUUUGCAGCCGAUUGUGAGGAGUGCAGUUGUGCCUGCGGAGUGGAACAGUGCUCAAACGGCGUGGAGCCCGUCAGGGUGAUCCAUCGAAAGCUUCUUUUUCCCGUGUGGUUGCGACUGUUCCUGUACUUUCAAAUGUCUAACACCUUGAAACUGUAUAACAAGUUUUACUCAUAA